GCCACACGCUUUCGUUUCAUUAACGAACCGUUUUAGCGGUAGCGAUAAAUCCGUGUGCUUUUCAUGAAAUUCAUUUUCAUCUAAAUAAUAUUUUAUAGUUUCUUUAUUAAUUACUGAUGGAGCAAAUACUAUUGAAGCUACUCGUAGCCGAUAACGCUACUAUACUAGAGGGCACUGCAGAACUGCGAAAAGCAUUCAAGAACUCUGAAAGUACACCCGCUUUAUGCGAACUCAUUGUAUCUUCUGCAAAUCCACAAAUCAGACAAUAUGCAGCGGUCUUACUUAGAAAGCGUUAUAGCAAAGGAAAACAUUGGACAGAAUUACCAGAUAAUAUACGCACUGACCUUAAAGCAAUGAUCCUACCCGCACUAUGCAAUGAAUCAGAAAAACUUGUAAAAAAUUCUAUAGUCCAAUUGAUAGGAACCAUAGUUAAACACGAAUUGCCUAGUAAUGGUUGGCCAGAAGUAUUGCAGUUUGUACAACAAUUAAUUACAAGUGAAAAUCUAUUCGAAAAAGAGUUAGGUAUGUAUACAUUGGCAACUAUGACGGAGGUAGCACCAAAUGCAUAUAAAAUUUAUGCAGACUCUGUUGUCACUCUUCUUUCUCAAACAUUAAAUAAUCUGCGAGAUUCAGAAUAUUCCAUUGCGUAUUAUGUUAUGCAAACAUUACAAAAUUUAAUUCCCUUGAUUAACGGUAAUCAGAAUAUGAUAAAUGCCUACAGUCGUAUGAUGCCACAGAUUAUGACUACGAUACAGGCUUUGACAGAGGUCGAUGAAGAUAAGGCUACAACAUCUUAUGGAUUAUUAGACGAGUUGUGUGAUAAUGAAAUUAAUGUAAUAGCACCGCAUGUAAAGCCACUUAUUAGCAUGUGCCUCGCUAUUGCCAAUAACAAAUCUUUAUCUGAUCCUCUUCGCGUUAAAGCACUUCACUUUAUUAGCGGGCUUGCAAGAACUAGAAAAAAGAGUCUUAUUAAACACAAGUUGGUUGAACCAAUUAUCGAUACAUUGUUUGCUCUCAUGUCAUCUCCUCUCGAUGAUGAUAGCUUUGAAGCCUACUUCGGUAGGGAUAACGAAGAUAGUACACCUGUUUCCUGUGCGACUCGAACACUGGAUACAUUAGCAUUGCACUUGCCCCCUGAAAAACUAAUUCCACAUUUGUUGAAACACAUUGAACCAGGUCUUCAAGGAACUGAUAUUUAUGUUAAAUCAUCAUCGUAUUUAGUUAUGGCAGUACUUGCUGAAGGUUGCUCGGAACAUAUACGAUCGAAAUAUUUAGAAUCGUUCUUACGUUGCAUUUGUCAAGGAAUUGCCGAUGCUGCACCUAUUGUAAGAAGUGCUGCCCUUUUUGCGCUCGGCCAAUUUUCCGAACAUUUACAACCAGAUAUAUCACAAUAUUCGUAUGAACUACUACCUGUAUUAUUCGAAUACCUUGGUCAAGUAUGCACUCUUAUUAGACAAGAGAAAAAAGAACCAUCGUCGAUUGAACGAAUGUUUUAUGCUCUUGAAAUGUUUUGUGAAAAUUUAAAUGAAAGUUUAUUACCCUAUUUACCUACUUUGAUGGAAAAAAUUUUUGAAUUAAUAAAUGCAGACACUUCGGUACGUGUAAAAGAAUUAACAUUGAGUAUAAUUGGGUCAGCAGCUUAUGCUAGUAAGGAAAACAUGUUGCCUUAUUUUGAAAAAAUUAUUGCUAUUCUUAAUGGUUAUCUUACGGAGAAACAAACGGAUGAAACUAUGUGUCUUCAAGUUCAAGCUGUUGAUAUACUUGGAAUAAUUGCUAGAACGAUAGGAGAUGAACAUUUUGCACCACUGGCAACGAGAUCUCUCGAAUUGGGAUUAAAUUUAUUGAAGGAAAAUGAAGACCCUGAUUUGCGAAAAUCUAUUUACGGCUUAUUUGCUUCCAUUAGCAAAGUUAUGAAAAAAGAAAUUGCAAUGGCGCUACCUCAAAUUGUUGAGUACGCGAUAAACAGUAUACGAAGUUCUGAAGGUAUAGUGCCAUAUUUUAAAGAAGAUGAAACAACUGCUUUCUCGAUAUAUGAAGAUCUAAGCGAUGAAACUGAAGAUGAGGAGGAUAUAGAAAAUACAGAUAACGAAGAAGACGAAGAUGAUGAAGAUGUAGCUGGUUACACCGUUGAAAAUUCUUAUGUCGAAGAAAAGGAAGAAGCAAUCUCAGCACUUAAAGAGAUCGCUCAAUAUACGGAAGAAGCAUUUUUGCCAUAUCUUGAGAAAUCAUUCGAAGAGGUUUUCAAAUUAAUUAAUUAUCCCCAAGAGGAUAUUCGAAAGGCAGCUAUAGAGGCUUUAUUACAGUUUUGUAUUAAUUUUUCCAAAAUUAAUUCCAACGAAGGUAAACAGUCAAUGUUUAAAGCAUUAUCAGUUUUCAUCCCUAAACUGUCAGAAUUAAUAAGACUAGACGAUGAUAGAACAGUAGCUAUGGGUGGAUUAGAUGCAUAUUCGGACAUGCUUAAAGAAAUAAAGUCUGAUGUUUUUAUUGGUGAAGGUCAUAAAUAUGCUAUUAUGAACUGCAUAACGGAUGUUAUGUCAGGUAAAACUAAAUGUCAAGAUCAGGAGGAAGGAGAGGACGUAGAGAUCGAAGCAGAACAAGACGAACUGCUAGUCGAAUGUGCAGGUGAACUACUUACGAAUCUUAAAAAAGUUAUUCCGUCGGAAGACUUUGCAAUUUACUUUGAAGUAGUAUUACCAAUGCUUCUAGAAAGAUCGAAAAAAAACAAAUCCGAUACGCAAAGAGCUUUUGCAGUUGGAACGAUUUCGGAGUGUUUAUCUGGCCUUAAACAUGCUGUCGCCGCUUUUUUGCCACAACUUCUUCCUAUUUUUUUAAAGUUCGCUAAUGAUUCUAAUGCCAAUGUUCGUAACAAUGCGAUAUUUGGAAUCGGUGAGCUUGCCUUACAUGGCCAAGAUGCUGUUUAUCCUCACUAUCCUGACAUUUUACAAAUUUUAUCAAGUGCUAUUGCUAAAGAAUCGCACAUGGGUGCUCGAGACAACGUUUUAGGUGCAAUAGCACGCUUGAUUAUUACGAAUUAUGAAAUUUUACCGCUGGAUCAGGUUUUUCCAGUAUUCGUUAAUCAAUUGCCAUUAAAGGAAGAUUAUUUGGAGAACAAAGCUGUCUUUAAAAGUAUUUUAAUCUUGUAUCAGGCUGGGCAUAAUAUAUUACAAGCACACAUGCGUACUUUACUUCAAGUUGCAAUCAGCGUACUGCAAGAAGGAAAAACUUCCGAUGACGAAACAAAAAACCUUAUAAUGGAGUUCGUGCGAUCCGCUCAACGAGAUUUCCCGAACGAUUGGAAUUCGGUCUACACUGAAUUACCACCAGAGAUAGCUACAAAUAUUCAACAAAUGUUUUCUUAAAUUAUCAUUUGAGUUUAUUUAAAAUAUUCACUUGUUUUGAAUUAAUUUCAAGAUAUUAUGCACGAAAUACAACAUUCUCACUAAUUCUAAUCACUAAUUGUUAUCGUUGUACACGAUUUUACUGUAAUAAUUUACUGAUGUCAUUUUUUUCUGUAAUUAUCAGAAUUGUUAUUAUUUAAUCGUCGAUAUAAGAUUGAAAAUAACUUUGAAAUAUUUUACAUCUUGACGAGAAUUGGUAUUCUAUUUUUCAAACGAAAUGUCAGCAUUGGUUAACGUUCUCCAUUUGUUUUUAAACAAAAUUUUUGUCUCCCGAAGAAAGGUGCUAUUAUUCUAAGAUAAAAAUGCCAUAUAAAUGAAAUCGAACGAAAUAUUUCAAUAGGCGUGCGUAUAUUACAAGAGAACUAAUGGUAGAAGCUUUAUUAUUAUCAAUUUUACAUUAUAUUUGUCUAUAAUCAGGACGUAUUCAAAGGUAUUCAAAGAGCAGUACUAAACAGUACUAAGCAGUACUACUAUCUCUAACGUAAACUCGAUUAGCACGCACACGCGCGCGCGCGCGCACACGACACACACAUAAACACAAACGUACACGCAAUACUCAUAAAUGUAUAAUUCGACGAAUAAAGAGACGUUAGAUUGGGUGCUUGUUAUAAAUCUUGUCCAUUUUCAUAAAAGACUCAUUCAAAAAAGAUUACUUUAGAAGAAAUCUCCUCCAUGCAUAAUACAUAUUUGUGUAGAUAAAUUAGGAUGGUUAUUUUAAUAUUUAAUAAGUAUACCUUUCAGAGUUAAGUUCGAAAUAAACUGAAGCAAACGAGUAAA